AUGCAACAACAAGCCACAGCGUCAGCACGACCUACAACGAUAGAUAUCGAUGCUAUUAUUGCUGUCCUUCGUAGUGGUACACAGACUCAAUAUAAUGCACGAGAACUGCAUUCAACUAAUGCCACCAUUGAAUUGAAUGUUACUAGUCUUUUCGGACAAGAUUUUGAUUUUCAGUCAAUUGCUAAUACGAAUGGUGAACUGUCUCUAUAUUAUCCUCGACGUAUUCUUGUCCCGACAAUUGAUAAAUGGUCAAAUGUAACAACACCAAAACUUCAGCCAUCAGUUGAUCUUCGUGAUUAUUUUGUUCGAUCUCGCAUUGCUCGAUGUCGUUCACGUUUCGUUGUUCCCGUUAUUCUGGUUGACGGAAAGUACAUCUGUCGUUCUUCAACAGUUGCAUCGUGGGGUGAAGUGUAUUCACGUUCAGGUGUUGAUCGGCUGUUGGACACAGGUACUCGAACAACAAACCAGACGAUAGUUGAUAUACCAAUGAGCGCAUCGGGUAUCGCAAAUGACUUGGAUGGACCGCCGGUAAUUGCAAUAGAAGGUGCUGCCGCUGCUGCAUCGAAUCUUGAAGUACCUCAACAACAGAAUAUCUUCGAUAAACUCCGUGGUGCUGAUAUUGACUUGCUGAAGAUACUUGAUGUUGGAUCUAUAGUGAAUUUAAUGGUGGAGAAACGAAAAACCAUGUUUGGUGUCAAUGUCACGUCAUCCGAAAAUUCAGAUAAAGAAAAUCGCUAUCGAGAUUUCCAACUAUUAAUUCUUCCAUAUCCAGGUUGUGAACAUUUCCGAGAUUUUUCAAUUCAAAGAUAUAAUGGUGAACUAAUGUUCUACGAUUGGUCAUUGCCAUUGAAUGACUCGUCGUUUCACGUACCCGAUCAUGUAUCAUCACUCGUCUCUACGGAUUGGUCUUUCUGGAAGUCUUGGAACUCCAUUGACCUAACAAAGAAUUAUUUUCAAUUAAUUCUCCGUUAUUUAGAAACAAAUGAUCAUGGACUUCUCGUGCACUGCAUAUCAGGCUGGGAUCGUACACCUCUAUUUAUUUCUUUACUUCGCCUGUCACUUUGGGCUGACGGUUGGAUUCAUCAAUCGUUAACCGUCGAGGAAAUACUUUAUUUAACUUUAGCUUACGAUUGGUAUUUGUUCGGACAUUGUUUACCAGAAAGAUUACUUCGUGGUGAAGAAAUUCUUUAUUUUUCAUUCAUGAUUCUUCCGUGUUUAACUUCAAAUGAAUUUGUUUAUAAACGAUCACAGAAUCCGUCGAAGUCACAGUCAAACAUUACAACUUCUCAGUCUGAAAGUAUCUAUUCAAUAAGUGCAUUAACACGUGUAAAGGAGCCGAAUUCGUCGUCUCCAGUCGACAUAAACGACGAUGCAACGAUAAAUUUCAAUCGCAACGUCGAUGAAAUAUCUUUUGGUCAGAGAUCAGAUACAAAUCCAAUUGACACAAAUAACACGACCGACUCCACAUCGAAAACCGCUCGUGAAGAGAAACUACUUGCGGUGUCUCGUCUUUUCCAGUUAUGCUAUCGAACUGUGAUACCAAAUCGACCACCGCCAGUCUCGUCGAAUAUCAAUCUGUUACCACAAGGCUUGAGUGCAUUCAAUCCACGACCGAUCGGACGAGAAAUUGCUCGUUCAAUUAAUAAUUUCAUAGGUCAAUGGCGAACACAGCCUCGUUCUUCAUGA